AUGCCUACCGACGCUUUUGUGGUCUUCACGAACGACUGGCCUCAUGACAUCACCGUCACGACGGACGAGAACAAGCGCAUGGGCGACACCUUCCCCAGUCCUACCGCCGUCCAUGCCCACGAGAUGGCGCACGCCUACAUCAGCGCAUCGUGGUGGCCAGGACAGUCGUCGUUCAGGAUCAUCUUCGGCGAGCGCAGCAUCGUGUCGGUCCUGAUCGGCCAGGGCCUAUACAAGACGGGAGUCGACAGCAUCGUUGGCCCGAACACGUACGAGGCCGGAGUUGUUCUCGCCCCGAGGAAGCCGAUGUCCAACGGGACGUGCUACAAGUUCUUCUUCUUUUCGGGCCCUAGUAUCCUUCCUCCCCUGAUCAACAGUGUCAUUGAAGCCAACCUCGAGGCGGUGAAGAAUUACAUCGAGAAGAAGCACGUCACGAAGGCGUUCGGCAACUUCAUCCUGACCCUCAGCCGGCUGCAGGUGGACGAACUCGUCUGCACGUACGGGACGAUGACUCCCGCGGGCGACCGUCGCUUCAGGGUGAACGUCAUUUUGCACUUCACUGGGACCGUCGAUGGGACCUUUUCUUGGAAGACGCUCAAGGUCCAAGACUUCAGCUUCUCGACGAAGAAGAUGGUCAUCCUCUUCCAGGCGACCUUGGACUUCAGUGACCUGUCGAAACCGUCGCUGGUGCUCGAUACGCUGCAGGUCUCCAUGAUGGAAUGGAGUCUGUCCGAUCGUGCUAAAGCAGGGCUGAGCGCGAUCCUCGGGGAUAUACUCGUCCUUCCUGUGAAAGGCAUCUGGGACAUCCUAACCACCGCGUACCGGACAGCGGGAUUCAUCAACACGACCUUCAACGAACGCAUCCUGAAUGCACUCAACGACACAUUCAAGGACGUCAUGGCGUCUUCUAAGUUCCCAGCUCCCUUCCCGGUUUCGUCGAAUCUGAAGCCGGGUCCUCCUGUUGACUACAGUACGUGGAUGUCGGGCGACACCAUGCAGGCGAAGACGCUGGACCAGAUCAUGCUACCUGCAACGCAUGAUAGCCAGGCGUACACUCUGAGCGACGAUCUCUCUCACGUCGAUGUCGCGCCCUGGGCCUCGGAGAAAAAGUAUCUCGGCUUCACCCUGUACUCGUACGUGAUCUAUCGCGUGCGGUAUGUCGCGCUCGCACAGCCCGGCGAGCUCCGCCAGCAGCUGAAAGACGGUAUCCGUCACUUCGACUUGCGCAUCUACCACGACACCCGCGACGGCGAGUUUUACAGCCAGCACGGUCUGCGCGGACCGAAGUUUGCGGAGUUAUUGCAAAGCGUCAAGGCCUUCUGCGACGAACACUCGCAGUCGCACGAGCUCAUCUUCCUCCGCCUCUCCCACACUGACUUCCCAGAUUCCACGCAUCCGACCGCCGUCGCUACCAUGGUCUCCGACAUCCUCGGAGAAUAUGCCCACGUCCCUCCAAGCGCGGAGAGCUCCAAGCCAUUCGAUUUCGACCGUUUCGUCGGCACCCGCCUUGGCGAGAUCACCGCUGUCGGACCGAGGAUCCUCGUGCUCAACGACGAUGGAUGCAUGUAUCCGAACCCAGUGCUGAAUGCUGGCGGUUUCAAGGACCAGAAUACGUACUACAACACGGAGACCCCCGGGGCGAUGGACAUCGUCUUGAAUAUCUUGCAGGCGCUCACUGGCGACGAGCAGUUACUGCUGAAGCAGAUCUCGGUGCCCAAGAACGAGCAAACUGCCAAGCUCAUUGUGGACCACAGCAGUGUCAAUGUGUUUGGGAUGGACUGGUAUAAUUCCUUCGGAAGUGCAGGAAAGUGCCCUGUCGAGCUCAUCGUGGAACACAACGGCCCGUUGGUCGCAAAUACGACUAGCUUGACUGCUUCCGAGGUAUCUGAUGCCUGGCAGCCCGAAGCUUCCAAUGCGUUGGAGGCGGAGAUCCCCGCCUGGGACGCUAACAUUUACACGCAGCAAGGAUCCAUGGUCAAAGAUCUGGCCAACAUCGUCAAAACGGUCCCAGGUGAUACCUACGUGAUACACAGUGCAGACACGUACAACUACUUGAUGUUCGACGCACGACUCAAUGCCGUGACUUGUUUGACGGAGGCAGACCAUCCUACGCGCUGGACCGCGACAGAGAUAGACGAUGAAAAGUGGACGUUAAGAACAGACAACGGUCUGUUUUUGGUGGCUUCCUCGCAGAAUGCAGAAGACAUGCAGCUCUUAGUCGACCACGAAGCAUCCGUCUGGGAGCUCGAAUUAGACGAGGAGAACGUCAGAUUACGGACUCCAGGGACCGAUCUCGUCGUUACACAUGCCGGACAUGCGGAGGGGAUUGUAGUCACCCUCACUAGUAGGACGAUUGGGCUGGCGCAAUUGUGGUGCUUCACCAAUGUCGCUGAAUGAGUAACACUAUGUUGAUGCGACUUCAGUACUCAAUACUCAGUAUGCAGCGACAUGUACUCAUAAUGUGGAUCUAAAACACUUAGCGUCGCAGCCAUG